CAUACUGUUGCAAACAAUAAAAGACGACGAUGUGAAACCUAGACGGAUUGAACUUACACUGAAUAAAAACCACGCGAAGCACCAUCACUCCCCUUCUCAGAUGUGGGAACUCAGCUUUCCCGCCAAAUUAACGAACUUCUGGUCACUUCCCUGAUACCGCCAUGGGCACCCACCCGCGCUUCAUCUUCUCUCCCUGGCUCCUCAUCGUAAUUAUCGCUGUUUGUCUCUAUCACUUCGGCCCCUCUACUGACUAUGCACGAUCACAAAACCCAACCCUAACUCCCUCCAGAGACAUUUCAAAUUCCACCGAGAAUGCCACGCGUCAGGCCCAACUCGCUCGGCAAAACUACAUCGUGCGGUUUCUGGAAUACAAGACAGCCGAAGUGCACCGAACCUAUCUGCAAUCGAACAUUCGAUCCCAAGGGUGGGAGUGGAUCGAGCGGCGAAACCCAGCUGCGAAAUACCCCACUGAUUUCGGAUUGAUUUCGAUUGAGGAUUCGGUGAAAGAAGAUUUGACAGAGGAGAUUCGGAAAUUGGGUAUGGUGAAGGAUGUGAAUGUGGAUAUGAGCUACAGGAGGGGUCUGCUUAAGGACGCCCGUGAUAGAGUCGGUGCUUUUGUGGACGGAAAGAAGCGCCCCGGGAAGAUAUUCACAGCGAUGUCUUUCAGCGAGGGACAGGGAGGUCACUCUUCCAAGAUUAGCGACGCUUCCGUUAAUUGGGGGCGGCAACUCUUGAUGCAGAGAUCUCAAGUUACUUCCAUGUUCGGAGCCCAAGAUCUUUGGGCAAAAGGGUACACUGGUGCUAAAGUCAAAAUGGCCAUAUUUGAUACUGGCAUUCGUGUUAAUCAUCCUCAUUUCCGUAACAUCAAGGAGCGUACAAAUUGGACCAAUGAAGAUACACUGAACGACAAUCUUGGGCAUGGGACUUUUGUUGCCGGUGUAAUUGCUGGAGUAGAUGCAGAGUGUCUUGGUUUUGCACCAGAUACAGAGAUUUAUGCAUUUCGGGUGUUCACUGAUGCACAGGUGUCUUAUACAUCGUGGUUCCUUGAUGCCUUCAACUAUGCCAUUGCUACCAAUAUGGAUGUGCUAAAUUUGAGCAUAGGUGGACCUGAUUACCUGGAUCUUCCAUUUGUUGAGAAGGUUUGGGAGAUUACUGCAAAUAAUAUUAUUAUGGUUUCUGCAAUCGGAAAUGAUGGUCCGCUCUAUGGAACUUUGAACAAUCCUGCAGAUCAAAGUGAUGUGAUUGGUGUUGGAGGAAUUGACUAUAGUGACCAUAUAGCCUCCUUUUCCUCGCGUGGUAUGAGUACCUGGGAGCUUCCUCAUGGGUAUGGCCGUGUUAAGCCAGACAUAGUUGCAUAUGGGCGGGAUAUAAUGGGAUCCAAGAUUAGCACAGGCUGCAAAAGUUUGUCAGGAACUAGUGUUGCUAGUCCUGUGGUUGCUGGUGUUGUAUGUUUGCUUGUUAGUAUCAUCCCUGAAUCCGAUCGGAAAACUAUUUUAAAUCCAGCAAGCAUGAAGCAAGCGUUGGUUGAGGGUGCUGCAAAACUUGCUGGCCCAAAUAUGUAUGAGCAGGGCGCUGGCAGAGUUGAUCUGUUAGAGUCGUAUGAGAUUCUUAAGAACUAUCAACCCAGGGCAAGCAUCUUCCCCAGUGUUCUUGACUAUACUGAUUGUCCUUACUCAUGGCCCUUUUGUCGUCAGCCCCUAUAUGCAGGUGCCAUGCCUGUCAUAUUCAAUGCCACUAUUUUAAAUGGGAUGGGUGUUGUUGGCUAUGUUGAAGGUCCACCAAUAUGGCAUCCUUCUGAUGAAGAAGGGAACCUUUUAAGCAUUCAUUUUACGUAUUCAGAGGUUAUCUGGCCUUGGACUGGUUACUUGGCGCUUCACAUGCAAAUCAAAGAGGAAGGUGCACAGUUUUCUGGAGGUAUUGAAGGUAAUGUGACUCUUAGGGUUUCCAGUCCUCCAGCUGCUGGAGAGAAAACCCCUCGAAUUAGCACAUGUGUCCUCCAAUUGAAGUUAAAAGUAGUGCCAACACCACCUCGGUCAAAACGAAUUUUGUGGGAUCAGUUUCACAGCAUCAAAUACCCUCCUGGUUAUAUUCCAAGAGACUCCCUGGAUGUUCGUAAUGAUAUUCUUGACUGGCAUGGGGACCAUUUGCAUACAAAUUUCCAUAUCAUGUUCAACAAUUUGAGAGAUGCUGGAUAUUACGUUGAAACACUUGGUUCUCCUCUGACAUGCUUUGAUGCCCGCCACUAUGGAACACUUUUGUUGGUAGAUCUAGAAGAUGAGUACUUUGCUGAGGAGAUCGAGAAGCUGAGAGAUGACGUCAUAUAUACUGGAUUAGGACUUGCUGUUUUUGCCGAAUGGUAUAAUGUGGAUACCAUGGUAAAGAUGAGAUUCUUUGAUGAUAAUACACGGAGCUGGUGGACCCCUGUAACCGGAGGGGCAAAUGUUCCUGCCCUUAAUGAUCUCUUGGCUCCGUUUGGAAUUGCUUUUGGAGAUAAGAUUCUAAAUGGUGACUUUUCGCUCUUGGGCGAGCAGAGUAGAUAUGCGUCUGGAACGGAUAUAGUGAGAUUUCCAGUGGGUGGUUAUGUGCAUGGAUUUCCCUUCUUGGAUAGUUCAGAAAGUGGGGCCACUCAGAAUGUGCUGCUGACUUCUGGCAUGAACAAGGCAGAUUCUCCUAUUCUUGGCUUUACAGUGAUGGGUGAAGGUCGUAUAGCUGUGUAUGGGGAUUCUAAUUGUUUGGACAGCAGCCAUAUGGUUACUAAUUGCUAUUGGCUUCUCAGGAAAAUACUAGAUUUUACAAGCGGGGAUAUUAGGGACCCGGUGCUUUUCUCUGAUUCAGUGAAAAUAGACUCUGCACUGUAUGAAGAUGACAAUCAAUUGCCGUCCCGCAGAACUGAUGUGAAUUUCUCUACAUAUUCUGCUGUUGUGGGAAAGGAAUUGAUCUGCAGGACUGACGCAAGGUUUGAAAUAUGGGGAACAAAAGGCUACAGUUUGCAUGUCAGAGGAAGAAACAGAAGAUUGCCAGGAUAUCCUGUGAUUGAUUUGGGGAGAGGUUUCAAUUCUUCGUCUGAUGCCUCUAAUAUUCCUAGGCGUCCCAAAGUCACUCCGGGAAGUAAGAGUGACUCUCUAGGGAACAGGUACUUCGGCCUGUUCUAUGGGGAUGAGCCCGAUGCUCCUCUGUUGGCUCGUAGUUACUGGCUUGCUCCUGCAGUUCUUGCGGCUAGUGGUAUUUUGUUAUGUUGUUGGCGCAUUCGCCAAAAGCGACGCCGACGACGGAAAGGAUCAGGCUCUAGUAGAUUGGUCAAUUUAUAGCCCAGCAUUAAAUCCCUAAAUAUUUGUAACACUACCCGGCUUCCCUCAAAGAGAUUUUUCCUGUAGCAUAGGAAAGGAAAAAAGUUAGGAAAUUUUCUACCAGCAUCUUUGUAGGAAGUUGCUUUUGCCCUGUAGAUUUACAACUCUUUUUUUCAAAAUUGUUUUAGAUGCUUAUCAAGGUCACAAUUUUUCAGUUAAUAAAUCAUAUGCAUUUCAAAUUA